CGAAGUUUUUUUUCUCGUAAGGAACAAUGCGCACCUGGCGCUCUUUAGCCGACGGACAUUUCCCACGCCGAACCGCAGGGAAGCAAGAAAGAAAUAAAAUGACGGGGCUCUAGAGAAGAAACUUCCAACGACCACGCCAGCUACUUCGUUCCUAAGACGCCUCUCUUGUUCUUCUUCUUCUUCUUCGACAUUUCCAGGGUUUGCAGCAAAGAAGAUUAGGGUUAGGGUUUUUGGAGUAGAGGAAGAACAUGGAAAACUUGAUCGGACUCGUUAACAGAAUCCAGAGGGCCUGUACGGUCCUCGGUGACCAUGGCGGCGACAACGCCUUGCCGACUCUUUGGGAAUCUCUUCCGUCCGUCGCCGUCGUCGGAGGACAGAGUUCUGGAAAAUCUUCAGUUCUUGAGAGCUUCGUCGGGCGUGAUUUCCUUCCCAGGGGCUCUGGGAUCGUAACGAGGCGACCGUUGGUUCUGCAGCUGCACAAGACGGAAGAGGGACAGGUGGAGUAUGCCGAGUUUCUUCAUUUGCAGAACAGAAGAUUUACGGAUUUUGCCAUGGUGCGCAAGGAAAUUCAAGACGAGACUGACAGAAUAACUGGGAGAUCUAAACAGAUAUCUCCAGUUCCUAUCCACCUCAGCAUAUACUCUCCAAAUGUUGUCAACCUGACAUUGAUAGAUCUACCUGGUCUUACAAAGGUUGCUAUAGAGGGACAGCCAGACAGUAUUGUUGAAGACAUUGAGAACAUGGUCCGCAGUUAUGUUGAAAAGCCUAGCUGCAUUAUAUUAGCUAUAUCUCCAGCCAAUCAAGACAUCGCAACAUCAGAUGCUAUUAAGCUUGCCAGAGAAGUUGAUCCAUCAGGUGAGAGGACAUUUGGAGUGUUGACGAAACUAGAUUUGAUGGACAAGGGUACAAAUGCUAUAGAUGUUCUUGAAGGAAGAUCUUAUAGGCUGUUACAUCCUUGGGUUGGAGUUGUUAACCGCUCACAAGCAGACAUCAAUAAGAAUAUCGACAUGAUGGCUGCCAGGAGAAGGGAGCGGGAGUAUUUUGCAACAAGUCCUGAUUAUGCACACUUGGCAAGUAAAAUGGGUUCCGAAUAUCUUGCAAAACUUCUCUCCAAGCACUUGGAGUCGGUGAUUAGAGCACGCAUACCUACUAUCACAUCCUCGAUAAGCAAAACCAUUGCCGAGCUUGAAUCAGAGAUGGACCAUAUUGGUAGGCCCAUCGCUGUUGAUCCAGGGGCUCAAUUGUACAUGAUUUUAGAACUCUGCCGUAUAUUUGACCGGAUAUUCAAAGAGCAUCUUGAUGGAGGGCGACCUGGUGGUGAUCGAAUAUAUGGGGUUUUCGACAACCAGCUCCCUGCUGCAUUGAGCAGGCUUCCAUUGGAUCGCCAUCUUUCCCUGCAGAAUGUGAAGAAAGUGGUUUCGGAGGCAGAUGGUUAUCAACCACAUCUGAUUGCUCCUGAGCAAGGGUAUCGGCGCCUCAUUGAGGGAGCUCUCAAUUAUUUCAAAGGCCCAGCUGAAGCUACCGUUGACGCUGUGCACCUUGUUUUGAAAGAACUUGUUCGAAGGUCGAUGGGAGAGACUCAGGAGUUGAAGCGGUUUCCUACACUCCAAGCCGAAAUAGCAGUAGCUGCGAAUGAAGCUUUGGAAAGGUUUCGUGAAGAGAGCCGGAAGACAGCACUACGAUUGGUAGAGAUGGAAUCUUCGUAUCCGACUGCAGAUUUCUUCCGGAAGCUCCCACAGGAAAUGGAGAAGGGAGGGAACCCGGCUGCCCCCACUGUUGAUCGAUACUCAGAGGGGCACUUCCGAAGGAUAGGAUCGAAUGUGUCAUCUUAUGUUGGGAUGGUGUCGGAUACACUUAGCAAAACCAUUCCGAAGGCUGUUGUCUAUUGUCAAGUCCGGGAGUCCAAGCAAUCUCUACUCAAUAACUUCUAUAUACAACUGGGGAAGAAAGAGGGCAAGGAGCUUGCAAAAAUGCUGGAUGAGGACCCGUCACUGAUGGAGCGCAGACUGCAAUGUGCCAAGAGGCUUGAAUUGUAUAAGUCCGCAAGGGAAGAAGUAGAAUCUGUAUCCUAUGUCAGAUAGGAUGGAAGCAUAUACUGGGAAACACAAUCUUUCUUGUAAAAAUCAAUUCUGCAUCACUGGUCAGAUAGAAUCAUAUACAGAUAAACAUCAUGAGUCGGAUAGGAUGGAAGCAUAUGCAGAUAAAAGAGCGUCUCCUGUAGAAAUUGGUUGUGUCAUGGGUCAGAUAGGAUGGAAGCGUAUAACGAUAAGCACCAUGUAUCAGAGUAAUGUGCGUCAUAUGCUGUAGAAGGUUAAUGCACUAUGAGUGGCCCAUGCUGAUUUAUUUAUUUUUUUCCUUUUUUAAAAAAAAGCAUAUGAUAUUGUUUCAUGUAUUCGUUUUGGUUGAUACAGUGCUGAAUUAUCAGAUCUUUUGCACUCAUGUAAUCGGAUAUUCAUAUAUUCUUUUAACCUUUCAAAAAAAUAUAUCUCCACAUAUUUAUUCUA